AUGGUGAACGAUGAGUUCCAGCACAUUGUUAGUUACAGCAAAGCGUGGAGGGGGAAGAUGGCUGCAAUGGAGACCCUUUAUGGCAAUUGGCAGACUACCUAUAAUGAGUUACCACGGUUCCUCUCUGUCAUGGCAAGUACAAAUCCAGGGAGCGUAAUGGAGAUUGAUGCGGUUCCACAUCAAACUGAGAUUAGCAAAUCUGUAUUUGUUCGCGCAUUCUGGUGUCUGAAGGCGAUGAUUGAUGGCUGGCAGCACGCUCGCCCAGUCAUUUCAAUUGAUGGUACAUUCCUCAAGGGAAAGUACAAUGGAAAGUUGCUGGUUGCGGUGGGAGUGGACGCUAACAACCACCAAUAUCCAAUUUGUUUUGCCCUCGUGGAUGAGGAGACUACGGAGAACUGGUCCUGGUAUCUACGUCUUCUACGAAUACAUGUAUGCCGAGAGAGACUUGGCGUUUGUAUUAUAUCGGACCGUGCCCCCGGGAUCCUCGCUGCAGUGAAUGACGAGCGCAACGGCUUCACUGAACCUUUUGGUGUUCACAGAUACUGCCUCCACCAUGUGAGAUGCAACUUCUCCAAACAUCACCCGGGAAAUGACUUGAAGAUGUUCAUGUGGCUAGCAGGCCGAACACCACAAAUAAGAAAGCACGAGGCUUACAUGAAACAUAUUGCCCGCAUUUCUCCCCAAGCGGUGACAUAUUUGCGGGAGAUAAAUCCUGCCUUGUGGACCAUCUGUCAUGACACAGGCCACGCUCGUUACGGCCAGGCCACUACCAACGUGACGGAGAGUUUCAAUGGCAACAUUCGACAAGCUCGCUUCCUACCGGUCACCGCAAUGAUGGAAUUCCUCUUUUACAAAACUGUAAGGACGGUGAACAAGGAGAGAAACGCUGCUCUAGAAAGCAUGCAAGAAGGUCAUGAACUCUGCCUGCAAGCUAGGAGAAUGUUGGAAACCAAUACUGAGAGGGCUAACGCCCACCACGUUGAAACAUUUAACCGGCAAAGUGGUUUAUUCUCCGUAAAGACGCGUAGGUACAGGUUGAAAGGUGUGGAAAAGGGCGGAAACACACAAGUCGUGGACAUCAGAAGGGGUACUUGCACGUGCGGGAAAUGGGCCUGUCAUCGCCUUCCAUGUUCUCAUCUGAUUGCUGGGUGUAAUCGUAAUUCCAUAAACUGGAAACAGUGGAUCGGCCCUUACCACUACACUCCCGUUUUGCAAAAUAUGUGGGAGCCUAUGAUAUAUCCGUUACCAGCAACCGGCUAUUGGGAUGUGCAACUCCCAUUAGCAUGGCAAAGGUAUGGAACCGUGGUGCCGAACGAGGCCAUGCGAAAGAGAAGAGCAAAGCGAGGCCAAAGGGGGCAGUCGGUGAGAAUACGGACCGAGAUGGACGGUUCCCGAACGGGACACAAAUGUAGUCGGUGCAAGCAAGAAGUUCAUACGAAGCGGAACAAGAAGUGCCCCAUGUACAAUGCAUAA